UACCUCUCUCGUUCCUUCGGUUCCAGUCAAUGUGCAAUAUACUAGUGGUGUACACUGGGAACAUGCUGUGCAUGGACUUAUGUGGCACAUCGCGUGUGGAAGCCAAGAAACUCGUCGGCUGUAAAAAUUUGUGUACGUCUCGCACUCGACAGACCAGCCGGAGGUGGACAGUUUGAGCGGCAGCCUGUACGGGGAGGAGGAUCAGGUGGUGCGUCGAUGGACGUACCAGUCCCAGCAGGCCCUGGACGGUGCGAGAGAGCACAUCAUGUCUGUGCUCACCGCCCUCUGUCGACUGCUGGCCUUCCGGCUGAACCUGUUUGUGGGCGAUGGCCUCCCCUUGCUGCUCCAACUGAAGCAACCCGAGGCCAGUCUUCCGUCGUGCCUGGCACCCAUCACCACCUUCCUGCAGCGUUACCUGGACUCUCUGAGUACCUGGCUGUACCAGCACUGCUUCACGCGCGUGCUCCACAACCUCUGGAUCUUCAUGGUGCAGGACAUUGAGAAGCAGACAGAUUUGCUGCGCUUGUCUGGCACGGCGGCUAACUCACAGGCACACACAUGGAUGAUGGUCGUCAGCUUUCUAAUGAAGUUCAUGAACAACAACGGGAAAGGAAUCAAGAAGGACUUGCUGCUUUCUCAGGCUUACACAGAGGGAGACCACCUAAGCCUGGAGGAGAACCAAUCACGUAGCCCCCCAGCUGUCGUCCACCGCAUCCACCGAGAGCUACAGGCGCUGCGCAAGUGUUUCAGCGGGGCUGAGCUGGUGCACUGGAUCAUCAAGAACAAAGAUGCUCUGCCUGCUGACCUGUCGCUGCCGCCGGGCCCCGUGGACAGAGAGGUGGCCAUCAGUAUCUCCCAACUGCUGGUGGACCGACAGUUUAUCCUGGACACAGACUCGGACUGCUCCAUCGGCCCCCCGCAGCGGCAGCCACAGCAGCGACAGCAGCACCAGGGAGAACAGCGAAGUGGAGGUUCUGGUGCACUGCGACGAGGACCGAACUCCGACCGGAGAGGUCGUGGCAGAUAACCGUGACCCGGUGUUGGAUUCGAACAGCCAUGACACCACACUUCGCCGCCGCAGCAGUCCGCCGUUCCCGCUGAAUGCCACGGACGGUCUCCCGGCCCCGCCCCUUCCCUCCCAGUCCCCCCCAGCCCUGGCCACCUCCUUCAGCCAAAGCCUGUCUAUCAGCGACUUCCGACCUUUGGCCCUACAGGCCGAGCGCAGGCUGCGACAACGGACCAGAGACAGCGGAAGCGGCGACAGUCUCUUCGACACCGAGCGCCGACUCACGCCGUUUUCCAACCUCAACGAACAGACCCUGACACGGGGCACGCGGUUCGUGCCCAGCUCCCGAAAGUUUUACGUCGUCCAGCAAAAUCUGGUCCCAGCGGGGCUCGCCUCACCGGAACAGACAGACCCACGCUCGGCCGGAGGCCUCACGGAGGGAGAACGAGAGUUUCUCAAGCUGAAGAGCUCCCCUGAGAGUCGCGAGCUUCUGGAGCAGUGUGUGGUUCACAAGGUGGGGCCGCUGUCUAUCCUCGCCAUUGUGGCGGCCCGCAGAAAGACGGACUCAACGUCCAAGAACUUCAUGAAGAAGCUGCCGAAACACUUGCUGGACAAAGUGAAUAACCUUCUGGAUGAACCCGGCAUGGACUGUCGAAGUAGCUAGUCACACACACACAGAGACAGAGACAGAGAGAGAGAGACAGAGAGAGAGAGAGAGAGAGAGACA